AUGCACGAAUUAGCUGAACGAGUCGGAUGGAAGAUGCAGAAGCGAGACGAAGACUUAAUAAUCAGAUUCUGCAACGAAAUUGGGGUCGAUAAAGGGGUUUUCAAAGUCUGGAUGCAUAACAACAAGAUGACGUUCGGCGUCAAGAAAGAUUCUGGCAACCACAACAACGACAAUGGAUCUCCCGGCAGUGGAAUUGAUUUCUUAACAAAUAGAAAUAACCACCACGAACAAUCGAAAUGUCUUCCUUCGUAUGUUUGCAGAUUUCUGAGUAGAUUUCAGGGGGAUAAGCGAUUUAUUGGUGAUAGAUUUGGGUUUUGGUUUGUUGAUUAUUGA